AUGGACGUCAAAGAUACAACCACAACAGAAAAAACAACUGAAGAUAAGCCUAAGUCUCAAGUUCUCCAAUCUUGCAGCACUAUAGGUUGUGGAAAACCUGCAAGUAUGCAUUGCCCUACUUGUCUUAAGUUAGGAUUAGCUCCUUCUUAUUUCUGCUCACAAGAUUGUUUUAAAACUUUCUGGCCAAUUCAUAAGCUAUUCCAUAAAAAAUAGGAAGAAUAAGCUGUUGCUAAAAGCAAAUUCAAUUAUACAGGUACUUUAAGACCAGGAAAAAUAUCCCCUAGAUUGUAUGUACCUGAGCACAUUAAAAAGCCUGAUUAUGCUACAAGCGGUAUUCCUAACGAUGAAAUAAACUCCAAAUUCACAAACAAAGUUAUUGAAGUAAAAUCAUUCGAAGAUAUUGAAAAGAUGAGAAAGGUUUCUUUGUUGGGCAGAUAAGCUCUUGACUUAGGUCACAGUCUUGUUAGACCAGGUAUCACUACCGAUGAAAUUGAUAAGGCAGUUCAUCAAUUCAUUAUUGAAAAUGAUGCAUAUCCCUCACCUCUAAACUAUCACAAUUUCCCCAAGAGUAUUUGUACUAGUGUUAACGAAGUUAUUUGCCAUGGUAUUCCAGAUGAUAGACCUCUUGAAGAAGGAGAUAUAGUCAACUUAGAUAUUUCUCUUUAUAAAUUUGGCUAUCAUACAGAUUUAAAUGAAACUUAUCAUGUAGGUAAAGUUGCUGAAUCAUCUGCUUAUUUGGUAGAACAUUCAUAUAGAUGUUUAGAAGAAGCCAUCAAAAUUUGCAAGCCUGGUACUAUGUAUAGAGAUGUCGGUAAUAUUAUUGGUAAGUAUAUUCACGAAAGGGGUUUAGAAAUCAAUAGAACUUAUUGUGGACAUGGUAUUGGUAAUCUUUUCCACAUUAUGCCUACCAUUCCUCACUACCCCAAAAAUAAGGCUCCUAAUUUCAUGAAAGUUGGUCACGUUUUUACUAUAGAGCCUAUGAUUAACCAGGGUACUCACCAAGAUGUCUUAUGGCCUGAUGACUGGACUGCUGUUACUGCUGAUGGUUAAAGAAGUAGUUAAUUCGAACACACACUUGUUAUUACUGAAGGAGGUUACGAAAUCCUUACUUCAAGACUUUCCACUUCCCCUGCUCUUGACUUUAAUGUUGGAAUCCUAUGA